ACGUGGAAAAACUAUAGAGUCACUGUGCAAGAAGAGAAGAGAGAAGAGCGGACAGUGUGUUUGGUGCGGUCCCUGCUGAGGGUCCCCAUAACUCCCCUUUACCAUGGAUCUGGUCACUGUUCUCCUGUCCAUCGUUGUCAUCCUCUUUUUGGCCAAUGUUUUCAGAAAUCAAAAACAAGGGAAAUACAAAAAUUUUCCACCUGGGCCAAAGCCUUUACCAAUCCUUGGAAAUAUCCUCAUGUUGGACAUGUCAAAACCUCAUAAUACAUUUUAUCAGCUGUCUAAGGAGUAUGGUUCAAUCUUCAGUAUACAUAUUGGCAUGACAAAAAUGGUGAUCCUAUGUGGUUACGACACCAUAAAAGACGCUUUGAUCAACAAUGCUGAAGUCUUCUCUGAAAGACCCCAUAGUCCUCUGUUUGCCAAGACGUCAAAGGGCCAUGGUAUUGUUUUUGCCAAUGGAGAGAACUGGAAAGUGAUGAGAAGAUUUACGCUCUCGACGCUGCGAGAUUAUGGAAUGGGGAAGAAAAGCAUCGAGAACAAGAUCACCGAGGAGGCCGAGUGUUUGGUGCAGAAGCUGAGAUCCUAUGAAGGAAAGCCCUUUGGCGACUUCACCAGUAUAAUUGGUGCUGUGACCAAUAUCAUUGUGGCCAUACUGCUCAGUAAAAGAUAUGACUACGAAGAUCCGACCAUACUGAGGCUUAUGCACUUAGUCAAUGAGAAUGUAAAACUUUUAGGAAGCCCGUGGGUCAGGCUGUACAACAGUUUUCCAGGCCUGAUGGAUCGGCUUCCUGGACCUCACAAGACAAUUUUUAAAAACACUGAAGAAUAUCAAGGUUUUAUCAGAAGGACCUUUACAAAAUAUAAGACAGAGCUAGAUGUGAAUGACCAGAGGAACCUUAUCGAUACCUUCUUAUUCAAACAACAAGAGGGAAAGCAGGAAUCCACUCUGUAUUACCACAAUGACAACCUGACUGUGCUCGUGGGAGAUCUGUUUGGUGCUGGAAUGGAGACCACGUCCACCACAUUGAGAUGGAGUAUUCUGCUGAUGAUGAAAUAUCCCAAAAUUCAAACAAAAGUACAAAAUGAAAUUGAUAAAGUGAUUGGAUCGGCUCAAGUUCAAAUGGAGCAUAGGAAACAAUUGCCGUAUACUGACGCCGUUGUUCAUGAGAUUCAGCGGUUUGGGGACAUUGCACCGAAUACUGUUCCACAUGUAGCUUCACAAGAUGUUACAUUCAAAGGAUAUUUUAUUCCAAAGGGAACUACUAUCCUCCCGGUGUUACAUUCUAUACAUAUGGACGAAGAAUACUUUGAGAAACCGAAGGAGUUUUAUCCAGAACACUUUCUAGACUCAGAAGGAAAAUUCAAAAAGAAUGAGGCCUUCAUCCCCUUCUCAAUAGGUAAACGAAGUUGCGCUGGCGAGACCUUGGCUAAAAUGGAGAUGUUUCUGUUUUUCACGACACUUGUGCAGCAUUUCACAUUCAAGGCCCCACCAGGAGCUAUACUGGACCUUACUCCUGCAUUUGGGUCUACAAACUCCCCCAAACCUUAUGAAGUCUGUGCAGUACCCCGUAGCUAGGAUAUGGGGUCUUUUAAUUCUUUAUUGGAAAAUUCUCUCUUUUUUUUUUUAUUAUUAUUUUUUACUAGGUUGCAAUGGAAUAAAAAGUAAAAUGAUUUUAUCACUC